AUGUCAACCGAACCGUCUUCAAAUGUCCUCCGCAUUGCUAUUAUUGGCGGCGGUCCAGCUGGACUCGGUGCAGCGAUUGCAUUAUCACGCUUACCGAAUGUCAAGAUAACGCUGUACGAAAAGGCGCGCGAGUUGAGAGAAGUCGGCGCUGGAAUUAACAUUGGAUACAAUUGUUGGAAGGUUCUCGAGCUUCUCGGGGCAGCCGAAGAGGUUCGAGGGCAUGCAGCACAGAAUGUGCUUCAUCGAAAUGCUAUAUCCGGUGAAAUUCGAAGUGAGAGACCUGCUCAGUCCUCUUUACCCCCCAAGUACCGGUCACACCGCGUGAGGAGAACAAGAUUGCAAUCUGCUCUGAUAUCAAAAGUGCCACAAGGUAUCAUACAACUUAAUAGAAGAUUGGUAUCACUCCACGAUGAACUGCACGGCGUUCGUCUAAUUUUCGAGGAUGGCGACGAGACAAUCGCGGAUCUAGUACUUGGGGGAGAUGGAAUCCGAUCUGUAGUGAGAUUAUCAUUGUUCCCGGACCAUGUUACAAAAUUCACGGGUACAACCAUCUGGCGCACCCUAGUUCCAGCCAAGUUGUGCUCUGAUAUCCCCAACCUGGUUCCAGAGACAUCAUGGUGGCAUGGUCCUGCAGGGCACUGUUAUUUCUCUCUAGUUGAUGACCCAUCAGAAUUCUCAGAUUCAAACAAUUCAUCCGAGCAAAUGCUAGAGAUUUCGUGUCGGUAUCUCACAGACCCGGCCCUGGAUACCGAGAGGAGGUUUAGUUGGGGGAUACCCGCUACAAAUGAGCGAGUCACUGUUCACUUCAAGGACUAUGACCCCCGACCACGAGAGAGCCUUUCUCGCGUGCCCGAAGGAAACUGGAAAGAAUUUUCAGCUUUCGCAGGACCGAGACUUGAUAGGCUUAUAGGAUGGGGUAAAGUGGCGCUGCUGGGGGACUCCAGUCACCCAUUAACAGGCGCAUUUGGCUCCGGUGCAGCUUUCGCCAUGGAAGAUGGCUGGAUUCUCGCUCAAGCCAUAGAAUAUACUACUAACAGACGCCUUUCAACGGACCAGGGUACCAAGGCUCAGAAUAUUGCAGAUGCACUGGAAAUCUUCAAUGAGAUUCGGUCCCCGUAUUAUCGACGAAUGUACGAACAUAUCGACAAUCAAAAGGCGAAAACCUUGCAAGCACGUGCCAAGGCUGAAAGCGAAAGUAGUGAUCCAACGCAUAUAUUCGAAGGAGCCCUUCAAGCUCGGCUCGAUUCGUUUACAGCCGUUGGUGAAAUGGAUUGGAUUUAUAGGAAUGAUAUUGGGCUGGUUUGGCAAGAUUACCUCCGCCGAGAAAAGCUGGAGGAUAGCGGGAUAGAUUUGACUGCCUCUAAUCUAUGA